AUGGCUGAUACAGCUUCCAAUUCUAAUAAACGCAAGCUCGAUGUCGAAGAUGAAGACUCCUCGUCCGACGAUGAUAUGGGACCUCAACUUCCAUCUGCGGAAGCUCCCAAAAAGAAGCGUCGCAAGCUUCCCUACGAAAAGCUCUAUAUCUCAGCUCUACCAACCUCUGCACGGUAUUCAAAGUCUCUUAUGCACAAAGAGCAAAUCUCGUUCGUUACCAUGACUCCGUUGACGGACUUCUUAAUCACAAGCUCCGUCGAUGGAGUGGUUAAAUUUUGGAAGAAAGGAGGCGACGGUAUCGAAUUUGUGAAGGAGUUUAGAACACACAUUGGAGAGGUCAAAAGUGUUUCGAUCAGUGCAGAUGGACGAAGCUUUGCGACAGCUGGCGCGGAUAAAACAAUCAAGAUAUUCGAUGUGAUGACCUUUGAUCUCUUAUCGAUGCUAACCUUAGAAUUCACACCGAAAUGUGUCUGCUGGGUACAUGGACGUGGCGCAUCUCUUCCAAUGUUAGCUGUAUCUGACGAAGUUAACCAUACAAUUCGGAUAUACGAUGGUCGUGGAGAGAAUCAGGAACCAAUCCAUACGAUUUCCGGCUUACAUCGAAGUGUUGUCUCGUUGAUGGCCUACAAUGAUGCUUACAAUUGUGUUAUAUCAGCAGACGAGAAUGGCAUGAUUGAAUACUGGCGACCAGGAGGGAAUUACGAGAAGCCCGAUAAUGUUUUCGAAUACAAGUCUUCCACUAGUUUGUUCGAAUUUAAGAAGGCGAAAUCAACACCCACUUCUCUAACAAUUUCUCCAACUGGCUCGCAGUUCGCGACUGUCUCAUUCCCCGAUCGCAAAGUUCGAGUGUUUGACUUCCCAACUGGAAAAUUAUAUCGUACCUACGAUGAAUCGCUGCAGGUUAUCGAGGAAAUGCAACAGGCAGGAACAUCAUUGAAGAAGUUAGAAGAUCUAGAAUUCGGCCGCCGACUUGCUACAGAACGCGAAAUUGAAACGCCAACUCUACGAAAUAAAGCUAAUGUUAUAUUUGACGAGACGGGACACUUCAUAAUAUAUGGAUCAAUACUCGGCGCAAAGGUUUUGAACACUUAUACGAACCGAGUCGUGAAGGUCUAUGGAGGAGAUGAGAACUUCAGACCUCUUAAUAUUGCAAUGUACCAAGGUCAACCACAGAAAAAAGGUGUCACAACGAUUGCCAUGGCAGCGUCCAACAAUCCUCUUCUGCAGGAAUCCGAACUUCGGGAUCCGAUGUUAUUUGCGACAGGAGUUGGGAAAGUGCGAUUUUAUAUGUUCACGAAUGACGAAGAAGUCUCCAAAUCUGAACGCGAUGUUCAAAAUGAGAAACCUACCAACACAAAUGGGAAGAAAUUGGCAGAGGCAAAAGCCGCCGAGACUGGAACUGCAGCUGUUAUUCACACCACAUACGGAGAUAUCCAUAUACGCUUAUUCCCCGAUGCAGCCCCCAAAGCCGUUGAGAAUUUUGUGACACAUUCGAAACAAGGUUACUACAAUAAUACCAUCUUCCACCGUGUCAUUCGAAAAUUCAUGAUCCAGUGCGGAGAUCCAUUAGGAGAUGGUACCGGUGGUGAAAGUAUUUGGGGCAAAGAGUUUGCCGAUGAAUUCAGUUCUCUCCGACAUGACAAACCUUAUACCGUUAGUAUGGCGAAUGCGGGACCAAACUCCAACGGUAGUCAAUUUUUCAUUACCACGGAAAAGACUCCAUGGUUAGACAACAAACAUACCAUUUUCGGAAGGGCAAUUCAAGGUUUAGAUGUCAUUCAUAAGAUUGAAAAUACGCGAGUGUAUAAAGAGAAACCGGAGGAAGACAUCAAAAUUCUCAAUAUAGAUAUCAUUUAG